GCGCAGGCUCAGGCUCGCCGCGGCGUGGCGGCAGGCGCGGCCCCGGCAGCAGCAGCAGCAGAAGCCGCCGGGCGCCAUGGGGCGUUAGCGCAGCCGGUGCCCUCGCUGUGCCGCAGGAAGGAGCCGCCGCCGCUGCUGCUGGGUGCCUCCCGAGCCGUUCCUCCGCCCGCUCCCUCGCCGCCCGGAGCCCCAUGAGCCUGAACGAGCACUCGAUGCAGGCGCUGUCCUGGCGGAAGCUCUACCUGAGCCGCGCCAAGCUGAAAGCCUCCAGCCGCACCUCCGCGCUGCUCUCCGGAUUCGCCAUGGUGGCUAUGGUAGAAGUUCAACUAGAUGCAGACCACGACUACCCACGAGGUCUCUUGAUAGCCUUCAGUGCCUGUACUACCGUCCUUGUCGCAGUUCACCUUUUUGCACUCAUGAUAAGUACCUGCAUUCUUCCAAACAUAGAGGCCGUUAGCAAUGUGCAUAAUCUCAACUCUGUAAAGGAAUCCCCUCACGAGCGUAUGCACCGGCACAUUGAGCUUGCCUGGGCGUUUUCUACUGUCAUUGGAACUUUGCUCUUUCUUGCAGAGGUGGUAUUACUGUGUUGGGUGAAGUUCCUUCCCUUAAAGAAGAACCCUAGUGGUCCGUCCCAGAACAGCAGCUCCACCAUCACAUCAGGACAGGCAGCAGCCAUUGCAUCAACGUCUAUUAUGGUUCCCUUUGGACUGAUUUUCAUUGUGUUUGCCGUCCACUUCUACAGGUCACUGGUCAGCCAUAAAACAGACAGGCAAUUUCAGGAACUGAAUGAACUUGCUGAAUUUGCACGGCUCCAGGAUCAGCUGGAUCACAGAGGUGAUGCCAUCUCCCCAGCUGUUACCCAUUUUGCAUAAACCUGUACUUAAAGAAAAUAAACCCACUAUCCUGCUUCUGCCUUGUUA